GGGCCGGAGGCGCCUCCGCCUUCCGGCAACACUAACAGCAGUGCUGGGCGCCUAUCCCUCAGAAGACAGCAAGACGCACAAGCUUGGCACAAGCGCCUAUAGCUCCGUCCGUCACGGGUGCCAAAGAAACUAGCCCCGUCUUCCUCGCCGCCUCGCUCCCGGCAUGUCACGCUCGUGCGCGCGGUGGUGCACACCAUGACCGCGUCGAAGCCCGACCUCGCCUGCCGUGGUGUGGGACGGGGUGCCAGAGCUGUGCUAUACACUUCGGGAUCGCGUUGUCGCCGGGCCGCUGAUCUAUAUAACUGCUCGACGUGAUGUGCACUGAUAUAUACUGCUCGUAGGCGCCCGACCGUCUCUUCCAGGACCAUGUAGAUGGCGGCCAUCGACGACUGUCGUAUGCCUCGGGUACUUCGCCCUCAGCAGUCUGCGAGCACGCUCGGCGCUUCCUUACAAACGCUAUGCGCUGCCUCGCUGUCGGCUCUGCCGCUCUAUACCCCUGCACUCCUGCUCGACCCGCGCAAGCUCGACGCCAGCAAGCGGCUGUCCUGCCUCACUGCCUGGGACGACUGCAGCGACACGGAGACGAUGGUCGAGCCCGACUCCGCUUGUUCAUCAUCCACCUCCUCGACCUCCCUUUCGGGCACCCUCGAUGCACAGCUGCGCGACAGCCCCCUCGACGCCUUUGCGGACGUCUGCUGGGGCGGCUCCGUCCAGCGCGGUCUCGGCUGGGAGUGGUGGGAGGACGACGAGGAUGUAGAUCUGCACCACGAUGAUCUCAACGAACAGUGCGACGACACCUCACCUCCCCCCUACUCUCCCUCAGCAAGUGACGCCGAGGUCUCCAUGCUUCGCGCCGCGCACGAGGCGGCCCUUCGCGCACGCUUCCGCCGCGCCUGGGUGCCCGAGGACGACGAUACGCCCUCGAGCCCCUUCGAGGAGUUCAACCCGCCCCUCAGCGUGCGCACGGAUGAGGAGGGCGUCGGGCGAUCGCCCACGCCGGCAGGCUACGCGCGAUCGAAGACUGAGAAGGGUUCUGGUCCCGCCAAGCAUUCCACCGUCCCUCGCCUUCGACCGAACUUCCUCGAGCUAUUACGGACGAGAAAGCGUGCGCUCACGGCAACGGCAAGCCCUACGUCGGCGAGCUAGGCAUUGCACAAGAGCAGAACUACUAGGCAUCGUCGAUGGACUAUGCAAUCCACGAUACUACUUACGGCCCUAACGACGAGACUCAGACCAUGGUGACUGACUGCUAGUGGAUUUUGCUUCUCUACCGGCAGCAAUACCGACUUAUGCUCUUUGGAAUAUCGGCAAAAUCCUUAUGUGUAGUAUAUUUUCUAGACUGAUACCUUACAUACCCCUUUGUUAGUUGUAUACCCCGCGGAUCGGUGUACCCGUACCACGCGAAUCGUUGUUCUCGCACACUACGCGGAUUGUUGCUCUUGAGAUGUAGUCGUAAUUGGAAUCAGCAGUUGUUGUUCAAUCAG